AUGAAAUCUCUUUGUUGUGUUAAAUGUUUAUUGGGUAGACCAUCAGCUACAAAUAAUUGUGGUAAAGAAGAUGAAGAUAAUAUUGUAAAAGAACAAAUUUUUUCAUGGGAUAAAGUAAGAGAAAAUUCUAAUUUAUAUAUUACAAAAGAUUUAAAAAAUGAAUAUUCUGUAAGAAAAAAUGGUGAAAUAAAUGGACAACAAUAUGUUGUUGAGAAUUGUAAUAAUUGUAUUAUUAUUGUUAAAGAUAUAUCUGGAAGUAUUAAUAUAGAUGAUUCUGAAGAUUGUCUUAUUAUUCUUGGUCCAUGUAAUGGAAGUGUUUUUAUAAGAGAUUGUAAACGUUGUCAAAUAUUUACAAUCUGUCAACAAUUAAGAACAAGAGAUUGUAAUGAUUUAUCAUUAUUUGUUUUUUGUCAAACACAACCUAUUAUUGAAGAAAGUACAAGGAUUAGAUUUAGUCCUUUAUUCUUAAAAUAUAAAGAAUUAGAAGAUCAACUAUUAUCAACAACAUUAUCUCCUUUUAUAAAUAAAUGGAAUAAAAUUCAUGAUUUUACACCAUCAAAUCAUGGAUCUAAUUAUGCAAUACGUGAAAUUGGAGAUUAUUCAGGUUUUAGUGACAAAUUAUAUCAAAUAAAAAAACAAGACGGUAUUAGUACAGAAAAAAAUGAAUCAAUUUUACUUUAUACUAAAAAAUUAUCAAAUAAUGAGAUAACAAAAAAAUUUUUACUUUUAUUAUUACAACAAAAAAAUGAAACAAUAUCUCAAUUUUAUAAAAGAGGAUUAUCAUUAAUAAAUGAUAUUAAAACAAAUAUACCUCAAUCAAUCAUAACAGAUACAUUUGAUAUGAAAAUAUACAAAAAAGAGUUAAAAUUGAUGGCUUCUAAAAAUAAAGAAUAUUUAAAAAGUUUUUGUGGACAACUUUUAUUUAUUCAAAUAACAAAUGUUCAGAAAGAUGAAAUAAAAAACAUUUUUAAAGACAUUAUUAUAAUGGAUGAAGAAAUUAAAGAAGAAAAAGAAUGUAUAAAAUUCUUAUAUAAAUUGGUUGAUGUUAAAUCAAGUAUUUAA